UUACAAACAGGUGAUCUUUUCAGUAGGUAGCUGAGGAAUUCUUCAGCCCACACAAAAAUAGAAAGAAAGAAGUCUUUAGUAUUCACACCUCUACAUAUUUAUCGGGCUUCUUUUCUAGAUUCGUAAAAGCAUUUCUACAAGCCUGUACCCAGAAUAAUCUAAGAUUUAGAUUCCUUAAUAACUUAUUAUCUAAUUAUAACGACUGUUGCACGGAAACAUGGCCGAUCGACAGUAUGGUCUUAAGUUUGGCGGGAAUGCAGGGGCUUCUGUUGAUGCAUAUCUUGAGUACCGACGCAUUGUGGGAGAUGAUGAUGGAGGUAAUAUGUUCACACCGGAGGAAUAUGAGGCUUACAAGAAGAAAGUCAUACCACAACGAGUCAAAAACCGUUUGUACACGUGUUACACGAAUCCAGCUGGGAUGGACUGCAAGUUGAUAGGUCCAGAGACACCUUGUUUUUGCACUCACAGGUACAAACAACACAAAACAGAUUUCGCAUCGAUUCCAUCAUCGCGUCCGAUUCUCCUCCCCUGUAAAGUGUCUGGCUGUCCUUGUGCCUCCUACCAUUAUGUGCCCCUCAACGGCUCUCAGUCCAUACGCUGUACUUGCAAGCAUCUAGCUGAUGACCACAAUGUAAAGGCACCGUUUAUCUGCAAAAAGGCGGGCUGCACCAAAUGCACUGGUUUCAAGAGCUCCUUCACCUGUGCCUGUGGCAGUGGCCACAAUGACCACCGUAUGAUUGUGGAGACGGCCGAUGAGAGAGAGGCUCGUGGACAUCCCCUGGGCGAGGCCGUGCCGUUCCAGGCCAUGGGGGGCAUCACUGGCUUCUCCUCACUGGCUGAGGGAUAUCUGAGACUGGACCCAAGUGGUAGAGGUGCUCCGUCUGACGAGUUUUUGAACCAGCCAAUCACAGCCCAGGACAACCCAUUUCUGAGAGCCAAUGUGAAUUCCAUCAAGGCCCAUCAUAUGGCCAAACAUGGAGGACAUGCCAUCACAGGCGGCAACGAGCGAGUGUUUGAUGACAUCGAAGAAAGAAUUUCUGCCGUCAAGAAAGAGGGAGAGUCGGACAUGGACUUUUUCGAGAGGAGAUACCAGGAACGACAAAAGCUGGAAGCACAAGCCAGGAGAAACCCUAUCCCUAACCCAUACACCCAGACAAGUUCAAAGGUCGGCACAAGGAAAGCCAUCGAGCCGUCCAGAGCCAAGUCGGGCAAAUCAACCAAAUCUCAGCCUGGCUCAUCUCGUCAGUGAAGAGAGAAGACAGAGACAGAAGUGUUUGCAGACUUAAAGUUUUGUAUUUUGUUCAUCAUUUUGUUUUCAUGGUUUGACAUGGGGUUUGGUUGUAAUGGUAGGGGAAAUGAUUCUGUAAUGUGCUUUAAAAAAAAA